AUGGCUGCACUUGGAAUAAUCGAAGAGAAGACUGAAUUGGGGAAAAGCGGAAAUGCCAUUGUCCAAGCUCAAUUUUAUUACCGCGUAUACUGGGGAAAACGUCAGUUUCUUCUCGAUCGUAGCUUCAGUCCCACUUUCCUCAUCAGCUUCGUAGGACCAUAUAUGUCUAUCAGCGGUGCAAUUUGGAUGAGCGAUAUAAUCGUUCAACCUCUCCUCAAAGGCUUCUGCUGGCUCGCUCCUCCCCCAUUGAUCAGCGACUUUGACAUCGAACCCAUCACACGUAUCUUUGCUGCCUUGCGAGAAGCUUUACGAUCUCUCCGAGAACGAUACCGACAAACGACUAUCCUCGAUUUCGAAAACCGAUUCUACCCGCUAGCGACUUCUUUCACUUACUGCGAUAAGAAGUUCUCCUUCACAUAUAAGUCAUAUCUCAAGUCACCCGCUGCGUCAUGCUUGGUUUUUUUGGCUACACUGGAUCAUACAGAUCUAAUCUUCGACGAAGAAAACCAAGCCCCUGCCACAGACACACGAAUAGUCGUCAAAUUUGUCGAGAGAUAUGGCAGGAACGCACAUGACCUAUUGGCCAAAGAGGGUCUCGCACCGAAAUUGUACUACUACGGUGACAUAUGGCAAGACAAUCCAAUAGCGAAUACAGGUUGCGGGCCACGCAAAAUGGUCGUAAUGGAAUACAUUACGGGUCGUAUUGCGACUCAUGCAGACUGUGCAACACAUCAAAAGACACUAGUUCGUGCAGUCGAGCUUCUCCACAAGGAAGAACUGGUCCACGGUGAUCUUCGUUUACCAAACAUCAUAGUGACCGACAAUUCCCAUACUCCCCUCAAGAUCCUCGACUUCGAUUGGGCCGGCAAGGAAGGAGAAGUGAAGUAUCCGAUGCGAUUAUCCACCAAUAUUGGGUGGCCAGAUUCAGUAGUCGACCUCACGCUAAUCAAGACUGAACACGACAAUUACAUGUUCGAACAACUUACUGGCUCCCCCAUGCCAAUGUAA